UUCAACGUUUGAGGAAGCCAUCUCGAAAUUUUCCACCUCUUCCUCGUUUCGUCGUAUGUUUAUAUCCAGAGUCCUCUGUUCUUCUCUGCAACUCAAGAAAUCAUGGAGAAAGAUUCAAACUCCUCAUUGAAAUCAGCCCUUCUUCACAUUUCUGAAGAUGGGUUGGAUUCAAAUGGCGAGAGAAGGAAGCUCAUAGCAGAGGAAGUAAAGAAGCAGCUAUGGCUUGCAGGGCCGCUGAUAUUGGUCAGUCUUUUACAAUACUGUUUGCAGAUGCUAUCCGUCAUGUUUGUGGGUCAUCUGGGCGAGCUGCCCCUCUCCGGUGCUUCAAUGGCCACUGCUUUUGCUUCUGUGACUGGUUUCAGCUUGUUGGUGGGUAUGGCUAGUGCUUUGGAUACAUUUUGUGGGCAAUCUUAUGGAGCAAAGCAGUAUCAUAUGCUGGGCAUUCAUAUGCAAAGAGCAAUGGUUGUUCUUUUACUUGUGAGUAUACCUCUUGCAGUCAUCUGGGCUAACACAGGAGAAAUCCUGAAAUUGCUUGGUCAAGAUCCUGAAAUUUCAGCAGAAGCUGGGAAAUAUGCUAUUAGUAUGAUACCAAGCCUUUUUGCUUAUGGUCUUCUUCAAUGCCUUAAUAGAUUCUUACAGACCCAAAACGUUGUUUUCCCAAUGGUUAUGAGUUCUGGAAUAGCUGCUUUGCUUCAUAUCCCCAUAUGUUGGGUUUUGAUAUUCGAAGUUGGACUUGAAAUUCGAGGAGCUGCUGUGGCUAACUCCAUCUCCUAUUGGCUCAAUGUGUUGAUAUUAACACUUUAUGUUAAGUUUUCUUCUUCUUGUUCCAGUUCUUGGACUGGGUUUUCAGUGCAGGCUUUUCACAAUAUCCCAUAUUUCCUUAAACUUGCAAUUCCUUCGGCUUGUAUGGUUUGCUUGGAAAUGUGGUCAUUUGAGAUGAUGGUUCUUCUUUCUGGGCUUCUACCAAAUCCAAAAUUAGAGACAUCAGUGCUUUCAAUCAUUCUUAAUACAGCUGCAACAGUUUGGAUGAUCCCAUUUGGUUUGAGUGGUGCAGGAAGCACACGAGUCUCAAAUGAACUAGGAGCUGGUCAUCCUGCAGCAGCGAAGCUUGCUGGGAAAGUAGUUAUGACAAUAGCCAUUAUUGAGGGGCUACUGCUUGGAAUUGUCUUAAUUCUUAUACGUACUGUUUGGGGCUAUGCUUAUAGCAACGAACGAGAAGUGGUCGAAUAUGUAGCCAACAUGCUUCCUUUAGUUGCAGCUUCCAAUUUUGUUGAUGGACUUCAAUGCGUCCUUUCAGGCAUUGCUAGAGGAUGUGGUUGGCAGAAGAUUGGUGCAUAUGUGAAUCUUGGAUCAUAUUAUAUUGUGGGAAUUCCAUCUGCAGUUUUGCUUGCUUUUGUUUUGCACAUUGGUGGAAGGGGGCUGUGGUUAGGCAUCAUUUGUGCACUCAUUGUCCAAGCACUUUCUCUUGCUAUCAUUACCAUCCGCACCAACUGGGACCAAGAAGCAAAGAUAGCUACAGAACGUGUGUAUGACACUGUAAUCCCAGUGAACGUUGUCUCGUGAAACUCGAGUUUCUUGGUCGAAAAGUUUUGUGAUUUGAUCUGUUGGAUCGUGGAAGUCGAGCCUAAAAGCUUCAUUUUUGCAACACAAACUCCUGGCAAAUAAGUAGCUGAGUUCACUUGAACUUCAUCUCUCAGUUUCCAUGUGUUUAGCUCAGGAGAUAUCAUGUGCAAUUAUAUUUGAAUUCAGUAUUUCAGUUUCUUUAUAAUCAAUAUGUUCAAAGAACUCUUUGAGCAU